UACAACGAUGGCGGCCGAACUGGUGGAAGCGAUGAACAUGGUCAAGGGCUUACGGGUCUCAGACCUGCAGACAUUGCUGUCUUCCAUGGGUCGCAGCAAAAGUGGGCUGAAGCAGGACCUAGUGGGGCGUGCACUCAAGUUGUUGCAGACAGAUUCCAGCCCAGAGCUACUAAAGAAAGUCAAACAGUUAUAUUUGUCACGUUUCCCCAAACCACCUACUUGGCUGGCAACAACACGGCGCAGCGAUGGCGACUCUCCUUACUCGUCCCCCAGUCCCACUCCAACAUCAGGAGGAUAUGACUUCUUCAAAAUACUUAAUGAUCAAAAAGCCACACCGAAUGUCCUUUCCAAACCGCUCACUACACCCGAGACUGAGGUCAAGCUGGUCCCACUGCCCUUCUACCAUACUUUGGAAACACUGCACCCACCAACAGAGCUCAUUGCCCACACCAGUGAGAAACUACAGGAUAGUCAGUGCGUCUUUGAGUUAACGCCAAGCCAAGCAGACCAGCUCAGAAACGCAGGUGAGCUUCGUCCAGGAGUCCGAUCAAUUCAAGUGGUUCUUCGAAUCUGCUACACAGACUCCUCUGGUGUUCAGGAAGACCAGUAUCCUCCCAAUAUUGCCGUCAAAGUCAACCAGUCCUACUGUCAUGUGCCAGGAUACUACCCCUCAAACAAGCCUGGUGCUGAACCCCGCCGCCCCUGUCGCCCUGUUAACAUCACACCGUGGCUACACCUUUCUAAUGUUGCAAACAGAGUGACCAUAACUUGGGGAAAUUUUGGAAAGCGGUACUCCGUGGCGUUGUAUCUAGUGAGGGUCUUCACUGCAGCAGAGCUCUACAGUCAGCUCAAACUCUGCUCUGUUGAGAGUGCAGAUCGCUGCCGUGAACGGAUUCAGGACAAACUUCGUUUUGACCCAGAGAGUGAAAUUGCCACCACAGGACUCCGCGUCUCUCUCAUUUGCCCACUAGUGAAGAUGCGACUUGGUGUGCCAUGCAGAGCACUAACUUGUGCCCAUCUCCAAUGCUUCGACGUGAUAUUCUUCCUACAAAUGAAUGAGAAGAAGCCCACAUGGACGUGCCCUGUCUGUGACAAACCCGCUCCCUACGAGCUGCUCACCAUUGAUGGUCUCUUAAGUGAGAUUCUGACGGAGACAAAUGAAGACAUCGAGGAGAUUGAGUACUUGACUGACGGCUCCUGGCGACCUGUCAAAGAGGAGAAGGAACGUGAAAGAGAACGCAGCACCACACCGGAGUUUCCUCUUGUCGAUAUAUGCAGUCCUGAAGCUAAUGGCCACUCUCCAGCCCACAGCAGCUCCAGUCUGACGGGCAAAUCUGGAAGCAGUUCUGUGGGGACAACGGGAGGCGGCGUAGUGGUAGACCUGACACUUGACUCCUCUUCUGAGGAUGACGAGGAGGAGGAGGACGAGGAGGAGAUCAGGGGUGCGACAGGAGGAGAUGGUGAGGACAGCACCGGCAGUGCCACCCCAAAGAGGCGCAGAUCCAACCAUGACAAGGACCUGCUCACAGUCUACUGACCCCGCUGUAUGUCCCCUCAUAGACUGACACAAACACACAGAGACAGGGGGCUUAAAACUUGAGGAAAAGAUCACAGUCAUCCACUAAAUGCAACAACCUGACUUCAUGCCCCGGAAAUUCAGAGCCUUUUUAGAAGCUCUGGGUUAUCGCCUGAUGAUAAUACAACACCCAAUCGAUCACUGUUAGUCAGUCUUGAGUCUCAAGUGACUUUUCUUUGCUGUACACCACUGGAAGUAACUGUUUUUUUGGCCACUCAUCACCAGACAGUGAAUAUCUGUACAUCCUUCAACUACAAAGACUGAAUGGAUUGGCACCGAACAACCACCACCACCACCUCUGCUCCUCUCUUUUCAGACUAAUCCAGCUCUACCACCCUGUCUCCUUCUACGUGUUUUGGAAUUACUGGCUCUUUUAGCCAUGGGACUCCAUUGUUUGCAUCUCUUGAUUAUGGUCUCAUCUGUGAUGACUAGGCAAUUUGUUAUGGAGGCUUUGCAGUUUUGAAGGUUUAAGUGGAAAUAGAAAUAUUUUGGGGGGGGGACAAGGCAGACAUACUAUUGAUUGCAAAUUUAAAUCCCCUCUAUUGUGCUAUUUGCUCACACGCGUAAGGGUGAAAGGCUGUUUUCAGGUUUUUACUGAUGACAUGGCAGCACACAAUACAGGCCUCAAAGUGUAAUGCUUUCCAUUUCAUUUUGUCCUUUUGAUAAAGAGAACCUACCUCAGUCAUACAAACUUAGCAGACCGAUCAGAGUUGCUUUGAAUAGACGUUGGAGACAGAAGAACAGAGAUUUCUUAGCCAUUUUCACACGGGAGACGGCGUUUUCCUGAAUUCCAUUGCGUCAACUAAAUCCUCAGUCAGAAGUGAGCUAGUUUGUGGAUAACAGACAUAAUUGUGGGCGUGAGUGAUGCAUAAGCUUGUGGUGUUUCUCAGUGUAUUACGAUCUUUUCUGAUGGGAAUCAUUUUGGCUCUUACGACAGAGUUUCACUGAGCUAACUGUAGGGCAAACGGAGACCUCUUCUUCAGCGAGCAGGAAAUGAGUUUGAGGUUUUGGUGCCUUUUGUUGAGUGGUGAAGACCAGUUAGUUUUAUUUUCAUUUCAUUUUUAGCUGAUGUGUGAGUGAGAUUUAUAUUUCAUUCAUGACAUGAAAGCUUUUCCAGUCACAAUUUAGACAAAUAAUAUUCAUGUUCUGUCAUUCCUUGAUCCGAUGCUGUUGUGUCCAGCUUUUGCAGCAUAUUUAUUUAUUUGCUUCACAUGUACUUCUCGGUUGUUUGUGGUAAGUCUUCAAAAUCUGUCUGUAGUCCUGUACGGACCGUAGCUGUUGAUUUGCGGAUAUCAGGGCACUUCUGCUGCUGGGACUUGGGUGUUUAGAUACAAGUUUUGGCUCAACUAUUUUUGAACGCUGCUUUCCUUUCCCCCUGAAUUGAACCAUCCUCGGUCAAAGCACCAUUCAAAAUAUUCUGCUGUGCAGCACAUUUAACCCAACAAAAUCUAAUUAGGUAUUUGUAAGGCCAACCCUUCUGAGUUGUCAAGAAUUAUUUUGCCAGUAGUCCCGUCUGGAACAAGCAGCGCUUCGCCAUCCAGCGGCCCCUCUCAGGCUCUUCUCAUUGAAGAUAAAGUCGCAUCGUUUUUGCUGGGAAGGAGGUGAACUGAAAGUCACUACUUGCAGUGUAGGCUAUGAAAUAACAUCGAAUCAAACUUUAUUCAUUAAGCAGUUUUCGUAUUAAAAAAAAACCCCACACACAACAAAUUUUCCACUGCAUCUACACUAUAGUAUUGUCAGUAUGUGAUGGCUGCUUGUCAUAUGGGGACAUCAGACUGGAUCUGCAAGCCUUAGGCCUUCAGGCUUCAGCAUUUGUUUGAUAACAAAAAUUUUGCAAUAACUGUUUGCACUUGAUCGAUAUUUCAAUAGAAUCCCAUGACCCUUUUUUCAAUUUGAAAGCCCUCCACUAGUGAGUAUUAAUACAUUCUGCACAUCUUUUGUGUGGGCCUGUUGCACCUGGAGGGCAAUGUGGAGGAUUUUUUUUUUUUUUUCCCAAUGACGUAAACAUUUCUUUUCUGGUUGGGGAUUAAUCAGGACAGAUUCUGGUUUUCAUGUGCUCUGCUUUGAGACAAUUAAAGAUUAGAGUUAAAGAUUCAUGUUGGGCUUCAGAUUAACAAAUGCAUCCACUGUUAGGGCUUAAGAUUGACAAGCUGGGUUAAGUCAGAUAUUGUCUUCCAUUUUUCAGCUUUUUUUUAAUUUUUUUUUUACAACUUGAAGUGAUACAGAUUUAAACAAUGGUAUAAAACAUUGGCAAUCUGCUCAGAACUGAUUCAAGUUCAGCCAGUGGUACACUGGUUUGUCCCAGGAAAGAAUGUUUAUCUCCCGAAAUUAAAAACUCGCUAAUGUUUAUUUUUUUUUUUAGAACUUACAUGCCACCUGCAUUUAACAAGGCAAAUUUUUUUUGUAAGUAACUUCUAUAUGUAUAAAUAAUUAUUUGGAAUAGCUCUUUAAAUGAUUUCCCUAUACCUCCCUUAUGGGUUUAAGAGCAGAGCUGGUGGAACUGAGCCAGCAUGUGCAGGAUGUGUCAGGCACUAGAGAGAGCUGAAGGCAUGGAUUUAUUUUUGUAGUGGCAUCUUUUUCCCACUCUCACACAAUGGAGAAAGUAGCAUUAGCAGAGAAAUACAAUUUGUUAUUUUGGAGAGGUGGGUAUUUUGUUUUUGUGUAUGUCUAUUAAAUAUUUUUUGAGCCUUGAACUGUGUGACGUGUGGGUUGUUGCAUCCUGUACCUAAUGCGCAGAGCUUGGGACACAUUUUAACCCUCUAUGGUAUGACAACACACUUUUUUCGGCCUGGUUGAAUAAUGCCACAUAAAGAGAGAGGAAAGAACAUAGAGAACCAACAGAUUGCUUUAAUUUCAAACAUGACUUUAAGGAAGCCAUAUUGGAACCUUUUUAUUCAGACUCUUUCAAUGUCGAACACUUUUGUUCCACUAAUUGCGCCUGAAAAGUUUCAUUUCAACAGGAAAAGAAAUAUCCAUUACUGUGUGUAAAGCAUGAUUGGUAGAUUUUUUUCAUUACUUUUAUUUGCUUAUAAAAUAAUUUAAACAUUUUAAAAAAUGCAGCAGUGCACCUUUAUGGAAUCACCAAGACAGCAUGCAACUUUGGUAGUGUGCAUCAUUGUAUAUAAAACCUUUAAAAAAAAAAAAAAAAAAAAGUCAUGGCAUUCAUAUUCUUUUAGUCUUCACAAUUCUAAGAAAAGACAGUUCUAUUAAUGCCCAUGUAUUGG